GGCUCUCCGCGGCGUCACUCAACGCUGCUCUGUUUCCUGGUUGUAGCUGUCAAGCUACCGUUGAGAUAACAUCCGAUGCCAUCAAUCGCCGCCCUGCAUCGCCCCGAGCCAGUGUUAUUCAGCCACAAAACAAGAAAUCCUGGCCGAUGGCGUUCAGGAGGGCUCUGAAACGGACGGUGGUCGUAGGGACCGGGGCGGUCGCCACAGUUUUCGGCCUUUCGCACCUAAUCGAGUACAGAAAGACGCAGCAUGGAUUGGCUCGGUUAGCCUACGUGACGGCGGAGGCGGAGCUGAAGGUUCCCUACGCGGAUGAGCUUCCCUCCCGGGAGGCGCAGCUCACAGCGCUGAAAACCACAGAAGAGUUUGACGUUCUGGUCGUUGGAGGAGGGGCCACAGGUGCAGGAUGUGCCUUAGACGCUGUCACGCGCAACCUAAAGACCGCCCUCGUAGAGAGAAGCGACUUCUCCUCGGGGACAAGCAGCCGGAGCACAAAGCUAAUCCACGGUGGAGUCCGCUACCUUCAGAAGGCCAUCAUGCAGUUAGACUAUGAACAGUACAUGAUGGUGAAAGAGGCCCUCCACGAGCGAGCCAACCUCCUGGAGAUAGCACCUCACCUGUCUGCGCCGUUACCCAUCAUGCUCCCUGUUUACAAAUGGUGGCAGUUGCCUUACUACUGGGCAGGGAUCAAGAUGUACGACUUGGUGGCCGGGAUUCAGUGCCUGAAGAGCAGCUACGUCCUCAGUAAGACCAAGGCCUUGGAGCUGUUCCCCAUGCUGAAGAGGGACAAGCUGGUAGGAGCGAUCGUUUACUACGACGGGCAGCACAAUGACGCCCGUAUGAACCUGGCCAUCGCCCUUACCGCCGCUCGCCAUGGCGCCGCCAUCGCCAACUACACAGAGGUGGUCCACCUGCUGAAGACAAAAGACCCGCAGACUGGCAAGGAGAAGGUGUGUGGUGCCCACUGCAAGGACGUCAUCACAGGAGAGGAAUUUGACGUCAAAGCCAAGUGUGUGAUCAACGCCACCGGCCCGUUCACCGACUCUCUGAGGAAGAUGGACAACCAGGAAACCAGUAACAUCUGCCAACCCAGCGCCGGCGUUCACAUCGUCAUCCCUGGUUACUAUAGCCCUGACAACAUGGGUCUGCUCGAUCCGGCCACGAGCGACGGGCGCGUCAUCUUCUUCCUGCCCUGGGAGAAGAUGACCAUCGCCGGCACGACCGACACCCCCACCAACGUGACGGCUCACCCGAUCCCGGGGGAGGACGACAUCAACUUCAUCCUGAGGGAGGUCCGCAACUACCUCAGCCCUGACAUAGAAGUGCGGCGAGGAGACGUGUUGGCAGCGUGGAGCGGCAUCCGUCCCCUUGUCACUGACCCCAACUCCAAAGACACUCAGUCCAUCUGCAGGAACCACAUCGUCAGCAUCAGCGACAGCGGACUGGUCACCAUCGCCGGUGGGAAGUGGACCACCUACAGGUCCAUGGCUGAAGAGACUCUGGAUGCAGCCAUCAAAGCCCACGGCCUCUCAGCUGAGCCCUGCAAGACUGUCGGUCUGAUGCUGGAGGGGGCGAAGGGCUGGACGCCAACCCUCUACAUCCGCCUGGUGCAGGACUACGGCCUGGAGAAUGAGGUAGCUCAGCACCUGGCUUCAACAUACGGAGGGAAGGCAUAUGACGUGGCGAAGAUGGCCGAGGUCACCGGGCAAAGAUGGCCGAUCGUAGGGAAGCGACUGGUGUCUGAGUUUCCUUACAUCGAGAGUGAGGUGCUGUAUGCGAUUAAGGAGUACGCCUGCACCGCCAUCGACGUCCUCGCCCGACGAACACGCCUGGGUUUCCUGAACGUGCAGGCAGCCGACGAAGCCCUCCCACGCAUCGUCCAGAUCAUGGGGAAGGAGCUGGACUGGAGUCAGGAGAGGAAGACGGCAGAGCUCGAAGCAGCCAAGAAGUUUUUGUACCACGAGAUGGGCUACAGGUCUCGUUCUGAGCAGCUGACCAGGACGUCAGAGAUCAACUUAGACUACCAGGAGGUUGUCAGAUACAAGAAACGUUUCCACAAGUUUGACAAAGAGAGCAAAGGAUUCAUCACCACUGUCGACGUCCAGCGAGUUUUGGACAGCAUCAACGUCCACAUUGAUGAAAACGCGCUCCAUGAAAUCCUUAACGAGGUGGACCUCAACAAGAACGGACAAAUUGAAAUUGAUGAGUUCCUGCAGCUGAUGAGCGCCGUGAAGAAGGGACAAGUGUCAGACAGCCGCCUCGCCAUCCUGAUGAAGACGGCGGAGGAGACUCUGGAUAAGAGAGGGCCGGUGACGGUGGACCGAAGCGGGGGUGGAGUCUGAGGAGGAGGAGGAGGAAGAAGAGGAGGAGGAUUUCAGGGAUGCCAAGACAAAAACCUUCAGCUGCUUCUUCUCCUUUUUAAAGGUGGUAAUGAUACAAAAAAGAGAAGACGUUCUGGUCUCAUGCAAAUGGCGCCAUUUGAAUGACAAUAUUGCAAUCAAGCACACGGCGGGAUGAAUUUGGCCAAAUCAAGUGUCGACCUGCAGCACUCCUGAGUGUGUUUUUGGUGAAACUGAAUCUAAUGAAUGAGGCUGAGGUUUGUUAGUCAUGAAGUCAGAGAGCCAGAUCUGUUUGUUUGUUCGUCUUGUCCUCAAGUGAUUGGGUCUCAACAUCCGGUGCCUCCGAUACUAACACAGCACACAAUGUACCUGUUUUAUAUGAUGAUGUUUUAAUUACGGUCGUUAUCUUUGUAGUGUCUCUGACUCUCCUUUUUAAACCUCAUUUCCAACAUUAGCGACACUGAUUGUUGUGUAAAUAUCGUCCUCAAUGAGAUGCAGCUCUUUCAGACGGCAGCUGAGCUUUAGGUGAUGCUUUAUUUUACUGGUUUUAAUUUCCUGAUAUUUCCCUGAAAGUUUCCUGGAGAGAAUUUUGUAAUUUUGUGACAGUUAUAGGAAAUAAUCGACGACGUGUAGUUACAUUUCUUAGGAAGGUGCACGCCAGACUACAGAAACGCCCGGGCUCCUUUUUAUUUCUUCAAACCAAUCACAGUCGUCGCUAAGCUCAGGAUGCAGCAAUGGUGCCAAGGAGAAUGUUAGCUAAUGUUAGCCGUCAUUAAAAUGGUUAAAGCCUCACAAAUAAAACACCACAAAAAACAGUAAAAGAUGCACAUCGAUCCAAAUCUUUCAGGAAACUAAAAGAGUAGCUCUUCAGGUUUUUCUUCAGCUCUUUCCAGAUAACUUCCUGUGAGGGAACAAUUUAAAAGUAAAGCGUCACCAAUCGCCUCAGUGAGCUGUUCCUGAUCUUAACGUGUUACAAGCACUCGUCAGGUAACACUUAAUGUUUCUUAAAGCACUCUGAAAUGUUUCUGAGGUACUCCUGCUGCCUGCUCUGAAGCCUGAAGAGGUGUUUUAGGGUUUUUUUUUUUUUUUUUUUAAGCUGAUGUGGGGUAUUUUGCAUCUUCCUGUUCACUGCGUUUUCCAUCUGUUGCACUACCAGCAAACUACUGAUGUUUACAUGACGAGGUUUCCAGCUUUAGCGUUACUGUUCAAGGAUGUUCAUGCUUUUAUAUCACUGCUCUUCUAUAUAUAUAUAUAUAUAUAUAUAUAUAUAUUUUGAGAAUUAUUUAUUCCUUUUUCUUUCUGUGCAGUCACUUAAAUAUAAACAGAGAUUUUAUUAUAUUUCAAAGUGCAUCACAAAAAUAGGAUUAUAAAGGGAUUUUGAGUUAUUUAGUUUUAGUGUAAUUGCACGCUAUGUGUUAAACUUAUUCUCUAAAUAAUGUAAAGCAGAAUCUUUAUUUUUACUACGUGUGUUUGAAGUGGAGUUUAGUGUUUUAUUUCCAUGAUCUGAAAAGCUGUAUUAACGCACAUAGUCUGUCUGACGGCAGCAAAGUGAUACUUCUAUAAUCCUGCAUGCUGUUAGCUGCUGUUUCCAUUGUUUAUGUGACAGAAAUAAGAUUUAUACAUGUUUUACUUCACAGUUUUAAGGGUAGAUGUAGAGGCAGUGCACUGUGUGAAUGUAUCAUUUAUGCCUUGACGUGCCUGAGAUAUGACACUGAACCAUUUACACUCCCAUGUUCAACAAACAGAAAAUAAUGUUGAGAUAUUUUUAUCAUUUAUAACAGUUAUUACAUAAAGAAUAGUAUUUAAACUGCAAUAUAUGUCAAUAUAUGUGUGAGCAGAGGCCUGUUGUGAGAGAGGAGCCGCCAUGUUGGAAAAGAUACCGACCAGCGUUUGAGUAAUUUGGGGUUUGAUGGUGAUAUUUUUAGUGGUUAUUUGGCUUGUAUGACUUAAAGGAGACUUUUAUUUUGAAGGGCUAUGUGUCGAACCACAAUACUGACUGAACAAAGGUCUAGUGCUGAAAUCUGGUCUGAUGUGUAGUGGGUUUUUUUUACUAAUUUUAUGAUCAGAUUGUUCCUGUUUUAAAUGAAAAUGUUUCCAGGUUUUAGUGUGUUUAAUUAUAUUUACUUCAAAAUAUGACAUUUAUAUUUGUUUUAUUUAUUAAUCAUUUAACGAACAGACCUGAACAAAAGUGAGAAACCAGUAUGAAAAAAAAACGACAAAAACAUUACACAACCCUCAUUGAUUUGUUUGAUGCAGAUGUUUUUUCCUCUGAAACAACAGUCAGAUCAUCAUGUGACACUAAAACUCCCUCUCCUCUUUUAAAAUACAGAAAAAUGAACAGACAGCAGCUCCUCCUCACCACAGGCCUCUGUUAAAGGUGUUUUAUUGUGAAAGAAGUGUGUGUGUGUGCAGACUGUGCUUCCUUAUUGCCUUUAUGUUAUGAUUUCUAUUCACUACCUGCUGCAGGUGUUGGGAUUUUCUUUGGACUCUGAUUAUUUUUACGUAGUUAAAUCAAAUCAUUCCACACUUCAUGUAUCAAACACACUGUAACCGUUACUGAAGAGCGUGUGUGUCAGUAUGUGGUCACAUGGGGGUUCAACUACAAUACCUCCGACACUGAGGACCCUUCAAACUGCCAACACCGGCCCAACGUCGAGAAUAGCUCAUGGGCAGCACGACUUAAAUCCUGAUGUUUGAUUGUCUUCUUUUGGAUGAAAUUACAGCUUUAUCCUGGGCUCAAAGAGAAUCAUAUUCCUCUGUCUUUUACUGUAAGAAUACUGUGAGUCAGUCUUCAGGUAAAAAGGAAACAAAGCAAUUAUCUAAUUAAAUGUAUCUGGUUGCUUGAAAA